GUAGGAAUCCCUCAGACUCGCUAAAAGCACUGAUAUUCUAGGCUAAUUUCUAAGGAUUCGGUUAUUGCCAUUUGUGAGAACUGCCUGAGGACCAGUGUUUUGGAAAGCUGAUUAAAUGAAGAAUGGAAACUAAAGUGGAGCGUGCUGUGCAGAAAAGGCAAGUGCUAUUUCUUUGUGUUUUUCUGGGAGUGUCUUGGGCGAGUACAGAGCCGCUUCGGUACUUUGUGGCAGAGGAAACCGAGAGAGGCACCUUUUUAGCCAAUUUAGCAAAAGACCUGGGAUUGGGGGCUGGGGAACUGUCAGCCAGGGAAUCUAGAAUCUUUUCAGAUCAGAAAAUACUACUUUUACUAUUCAAUCCGCUUACUGGUGAUUUGAUUCUAAAUGAUAAAUUAGACCGAGAGGAGCUGUGUGGCCCCACGGAGCCCUGUGUGCUGCCUUUCCAGCUGCUACUAGAAAAACCCUUUCAAAUUUUCAGUGCUGAACUAUGGGUCAGAGACAUCAAUGAUCAUUCUCCAGUUUUUCUAGAAAAAGAGAUUUCCUUGGAGAUACUAGAAAGUACCACCCCAGGAUCAACCUUUCUCCUAGAAAGUGCACAGGAUUCAGAUGUUGGAAGCAACAACCUGAAAAACUACACGAUCAGCUCCAAUGCCUAUUUUCAUAUAAAUGUUCAUGAGAGUGGAGAGGGAACUAUCUAUCCUGAACUGGUACUGGAUAGAGCCCUGGACCGGGAAAAAGUUCCUGAGCUCAGUUUGACCCUUACUGCCAUAGAUGGUGGUUCUCCACCCAGAUCUGGGACCACCCAGGUACACAUACAGGUUGUGGAUGUAAAUGACAAUGCUCCUCAAUUUGAACACUCACUUUACAAGGUGCAGGUACCUGAGAAUAGCCCCAUUGGUUCCCUAGUUAUCACUGUAUUGGCUAGAGAUUUAGAUACUGGAAGUUAUGGAGAAGUAGUCUAUGCAAUUUUUUAUGCCACUGAAAGAAUUCUCAAAACAUUCCAAAUCAAUCCGACAUCAGGCAGCCUUUAUCUUAAAGAUGAAUUGGACUAUGAGACAAUGCAAACUUACACUUUAACUAUUCAGGCCAAAGACGGUGGAGGACUUUCUGGAAAAUGUACUGUGGUGGUUGAUGUAACAGAUAUAAAUGAUAACCCACCGGAACUACUAAUGUCUUCAAUUACAAGUCCGGUUGCAGAAAACUCUCCAGAGACCAUUGUAGCUGUCUUUAGGAUUAGAGACGGAGAUUCAGGAAACAAUGCAAAGAUGGAAUGCUCCAUUCAAGAUGACCUUCCCUUCGUUCUGAAGCAAUCUGUAAAGAAUUACUUCACACUGGAAACGGAGAGACCACUGGACAGAGAGAGCCAGGCAGAGUACAACAUCACCAUCACGGUGACAGACAUGGGCAGCCCCAGGCUGCAAACCCAGCACACCAUCACAGUGCUGGUGUCAGACGUGAACGACAACGCCCCCGCCUUCAGCCAGCCCUCCUACACCCUGCUGGUGGGCGAGAACAACAGCCCCGCCCUGCACAUUGGAAGCGUGAGCGCCACCGACCCCGACGAGGGCAGCAACGCCCAGGUCACCUACUCGCUGCUGCCGCCCCAAGACCCGCAGCUGCCGCUCGCCUCGCUGGUGUCCAUCAACGCCGACAACGGGCAGCUGUUCGCGCUGCGCUCGCUGGACUUCGAGGCCGUGCGCGCCUUCGAGUUCGGCGUGGGCGCGUGGGACCGCGGCUCGCCCGCGCUCGGCAGCCAGGCGCGCGUGCGCGUGCUGGUGCUGGACCGCAACGACAACGCGCCCUUCGUGCUGUACCCGCUGCAGAACGCGUCGGCGCCCUGCAGCGAGCUGGUGCCCAGGGCGGCAGAGGCGGGCUACCUGGUGACCAAGGUGGUGGCGGUGGACGGCGACUCGGGCCAGAACGCCUGGCUGUCGUUCCAGCUGCUCAAGGCCACGGAGCCCGGGCUCUUCAGCGUGUGGGCGCACAAUGGCGAGGUGCGCACCGCGCGGCCGCUCAGCGAGCGCGACGCGCCCAAGCACAGGCUGCUGGUGCUGGUCAAGGACAAUGGCGAGCCGCCGCUGUCGGCCAGCGUCACGCUGCACGUGCUGCUGGUGGACGGCUUCUCGCAGCCCUUCCUGCCGCUGCCCGACGCGCCUGCCGACGCGCCUGCGGACGACCGCCUCACCGUCUACCUGGUGGUGGCCUUGGCCUGCGUGUCGUCGCUCUUCCUCUUCUCCGUGCUGGCCUUCGUGGCUGUGCGCCUGUGCAGGCGGCCUGGCCCUCCCGCUGGGGGCCCCUACCCGCUGCCCGACGCGCACUUCCCGGGACACCUGCUGGACGUCAGUGGCACUGGGACCCUGUCGCACAGCUACCAGUAUGAGGUGUGUCUGGCUGGGGGCGCUGGCACCAAUGAGUUCAAGUUCCUCAAGCCCAUUCUGCCCAAUUUUAUGGGUGAAGGGCCUGCUGGGGACAUAGAGGAAAAUUCUAACUUUAGAAACCAAUUUGGGUUCAAUUAGUAAUCUGAUGUGAUAAGUAUUUUCUAAUAUAUGUUUCCAAUCCCUUUAAUGCACAUAAUAAACUUAUUCUCGCAUGUGCUUACUAUCAUAUUGUUAUUUCAACCUGUGGAAGUGUUUUCUAUCUAGAAUAUGUGGGUGGGAUGUUCAUAUUAACCAGCUUCGUUUUUGCAUGUUCUUAGAGUAGAGAAAUGAUAUUUCAAGUUAUGGGCAGUGAGAGUCUUAGCAGGGCCAAAUGUUUUUUCGUGUUUGACAUUGAGUUUGACAUCUGUUAUCUUGUUAGGAUUAAAAGAAUUAUAAUUUUUCAUCCUAUGCAUGGAUCUUAACUACAUCUGGAAGUGAUGACUUUGUGUUUUGUUUUAGGUCCACACACACUAGCUCUGUGUCAGGAAUCAUUCUGGCAGAGCUUUGGGUUGAGGGGACCACAUAUGUGGUGUCCCGGAUAGAACCUAGUUGGCCAUGUAUAAGGCAGACACUUAAUCCCCUGUAUUUUCUCUCUGGCCCCAGCGCAUAAAGCUUGCUACACUGUUAGCUGUUGGAUUUUAUAGUGUUGUUUUGAAAACACUGUUGCCUUUCUCAAAUGAGUCAGAGUUUUAUCUGGAUUUUUUUCUAUAUUGAAUCUUUGAUAUUAUAUAUUCAGACCACCUGUUAUUAUUUUUUGGUUUUGUUUCUUUGAGUGCUUAGGUCCACAGCUGGCAUCUGCUUAGAGGACCUCUUAGUGCUGAAGAUUGAGCCUGGGCUCUUGAAUGCAAAAUUUUGCUCCAGCUCUUUGAGUCAUCUUUCUAGCCUAGUUAUUUUAAAAGGCAAAUUCCUUUAAAAAAGAGUGGAAAAAUAUUGGUGGACAUAUUACUUUUUAAAAAUAUUGAUGACCACCUGAAGUACUCAGUGACACCACUUGGCAGUCAGAUUUGUUAUGCUCUUAACAGCUGAGCCAGAACCCUGGCUUCUAUAACUUUGUCCAUGAUGAAUGGUUUGGCAUGUAAGUAACUAUUUCUGUUUUACUUAAAAAAUAACAUUUUCACACAAUUCAAUCACUGAUAACAAAAAUUAAGCCAUAUAACAUCAAUUCUCAGUCAAAAUUAUCAUUAACAUUAUAAAUUAUUUUCUGCAUGGGUAUUUUAAUGUAAAUUAUUUUGUAAUAAACUUUUAGUAUUACAAUUAAAACUAUCAGAUUCUGCUUGACACAGUAAAACAAAGCAAUUUGAAAUUCGAGUUUGAUAAAUAAUCCCUACAAAUUAAAGAACAAGAUUAUGAUGCAUUUUAAUAUUAGCAUCACUUAACUGUGCUUCUCGCCUCAUCUUUAUAAUUUUUGUUAUAUGAAUUCUUUCAAACUAUUAUAACAUUACAGUUAAUUUACAAAAAUAAUUUCCAUAAUUUUAUAGACAUUUUAUGUUUCUUAAUUUUAAUCUAAAGUUAUACAAUUUUCCCCCCAAAUUAACCAAGCCUGACUUCAGGUAUCAAUUUUUAAAGCUUUUAUUUUUUUUGCAUGCUAUUUACUUCAAUUUUUUAAAAUAUUUUUUCUCAAAUAUCAGGUUUUUUCUCAAAUAUCAGUUUUUUAGGAGACAUAAACUCUCAAGUUUCCUCUACUUCAUCCUUUUUUUUUUUUGCUUUUUGGGUCACAUCUGUCGAUGCAUAGGGGUUACUCCUGGCUUUUGCACUCAGGAAUUACCCCCUGGCGGUACUCAGGGGAUCAUAUGGGAUCCUGGGAAUCCAAACCAGGUUGGCAGCGUGCAAGGCAAAUGCCCUACCCGCUGUGCUAUUGCUCCAGUCCCUUCUUCAUCCUUUAAUAUUUAAAUAAUUGUGUAAACAUUGCUUAUGCCUGAGUCAUCUAUUACAUGGAGUAUCUUUUCUUUAGCUUCAAUAAUUGCCUGCUUUUCUCUUUCCUUUCCUUUCUAUAUGUUUUAAAUUGUCAUAUAUUUGCUAAAGAUAUUCUCUGUAUUAUUAAACUUAUAAAGAAAUUUCUCAGUUCUAUUGGUUUUUCUUGGAGUCAUCCAGAUUCAUACUCAAUUAUUUUUCUUUCUAGAUCUAUUCCACAGGUGGUGAUUGGGGGCUUACAUGACCCUGGGAAUUAAUUUUGUGGAUUUUUUGUCAU